GUCAGUUGUGCUUACAAACAAGGAAAUCUCAACCUUUGAGUAGAUCGAUAGUGUGUAGUUUCUCCGGACGUGAGAUAGUGUUUAGAUCAGCUAGUUUUAUACUAGACAGUUAAAGAAAACCAAAACUAAGUAAUUAUGGCAUCUCUGUUUAAAAAGAAGACCGCCGAUGAUAUCAUUAAGGAGCAGACCAAAGAGCUGAGAGGCACCCAGAGACAAAUCACCAGAGACAGAGCUGCCCUGGAGAGACAGGAGAGGCAAAUGGAAAUGGAAAUCAAGAAAAUGGCCAAGACUGGAAACAGAGAAGCCUGUAAAAUUUUAGCCAAGCAACUUGUACAGCUUAGAAAACAGAAGAAUCGAACCUAUGCUGUAAGCUCUAAGGUCACCUCCAUGUCCACACAAACCAAGGUCAUGAACUCUCAGAUGAAGAUGGCAGGAGCCAUGUCUACUACAGCAAAGACUAUGCAGGAUGUCAAUAAAAGAAUGGAUCCCAAGAAGACGCUACAAUCCAUGCAGGACUUUCAGAAGGAAAACUUAAAAAUGGGAAUGACGGAGGACAUGAUUAAUGAUACGCUAGAUGAGAUUUUUGAUGAAUCUGGCGAUGAAGAAGAAUGCCAGGACAUCGUAAACCAAGUGCUUGAUGAAAUCGGCAUUGAGAUCUCAGGAAAAAUGGUAAGAGCCCCCGCAGCAGGAAAAUGUCUUCCCGGAGCUUCCCCUGCAAAGUCUAAACCUGCCACCAUCUCAGACGCAGAGAUCGAGAGACAGCUGAAGGCUUUGGGCGUGGACUAAACUCUUUAUGCUCAACACCUGUUCACCCAUUGUCACCAAAGGACUGAGUUUAUACAGUGGGAACAGGGAAUUUGUAGAGAUGGCCAAGUAAUAAAUGAAGGAAGAAAUGUCAUUAGGCAUCUGGUCCUGAAGAGACAUGCCGUUAUUGUAGGAAUGUAAAGACUGGUACAUUGAUAAAAUGGUCUGUUAUAACAACACAAUCUCACGACGUUCAUUACUAUUUUAAAUCUUGCUCAAUUGGUGGGUAAUUUGUAUGAAUUUUUACAAUCUUAUUCAUACGUUUUCAUGCAAUUUGCUUUGGCACAGUGAUGGCUGUGUUUAGGGAAGGACCUUCAUGCUUGCUUUUGUAUGAUUCACAAAUAACAAAUUCAAAAUCUUUAUAAAAAAGUAUGUUUCCAGUGAGAUCAGGUUGAAAAUAAUGAGCAGAUAACGGAUUCAAAGUAAAGACUGUUUGGACCAGUUGCAUUCAUAUUGAAAUACUAUUUAAGAACUCUGAUUUCCUGGCAUGUAAAAACACUGCACAUAUUGUAGGCUUUUAGAAGUUUAGCGCUGAAAUUAUACAUUUCACCUUUAAGGGUGCUAUGUCACAAAUGUGGCAAUGUCUUCUUCCUUCAAUCCUUUAAAUGAGUGCUUCCUAACCUUUCCCCCAGCAUUACAAAUGUAUGCUUUCCUCAUCUCAUUAGAAUAAAGUAGAUGACUUCUGAACUGUGUCUGAUAAGCAAAAUGUGCUGUGCCAAGAUAGGAUUGUAAAUCCCUAAUUUACAUCUACAUAGCUGAACAUUGGAAGGUUUUGGCACUUCAUGGGUCCCCGUGUGUUAUAGGGCUAAUCAUCUCAAAUAUGUUUUAACUCAUAAGAUGCUCAUGAUGUUUUGUCUCUUUAGGUUACGUAUGACUUUAGGAAGUAAGUUAGAGAAACAGCUUUCAGUCACGGUGAGAUUUAGUAAACAUUUACUCUCAAUUACUUACAAGAAAAUAUCUUGCAUGAGAUUCUUUGUUGAGAUGAUAAUAAUGAUGUUACAGUGACAGUACCAGGUGGGUGAACUUGGAUCAUAUGUAUGCAUUUGACAUACAAUUUUAUCUUUUGUGAUUUACAGUGUAUUUUACUGUAGUAAUACAGUACGUAUUUCAUAGGAUGUGUUUUCCCUGGCAAUCUAAUUUACACCUUAGAGCUCUGCUGUCAACGCAAUGCUCUACCAACUGAGCUGAAAUACUCAUUAUAUCCACCUUGUUCAGGUGUUGCAGAGAGAUUAUCAAUCCUUUUGUAAAUUCUGUUUGAUUAUGGGAUAUGUUUACGAAUAUCAUUGAUUCAUUCACAGUGCAGUAAACGGAAGAUUGUCCCAGGCCCUGAACUGCGAAGGAUCCAUAAAGAUCCUCUUUGAAGUGUACACUCUUAAAAAUAAAGGUGCUUAAAAGGCU